GAGACAUGAGACCGACCUUCCGCUUCCGCACCAGCCCAGAUACUUUCAGUUUAGUACGAGCUUUCGUUUCGUAUCGUAUCGUUUCGUAUUUUUAUUGCUAUUUGUUGUCUUUUUCAAAUAUACUAGAAUGAAACAGUUUGCAGUUGGCAAACGUAAUUUCUGGCAUCGAACGUUUUCCUGUGGACGACGCAAAUCUACUGAAACGAAAUGACUUAUUUUCCAGUUAAUAAGAAAUGGCUUAUUUCCAAUUAAUGCUCCUGGAGACUAUUUUUUUAGUUUCAAUUUUAAACGACGUUGUUAAUGCUGCGGGAGACCCUGAAAUACCAAUCAGUCACUCUCUCAUGUACAUUUACAUGGAACUCUCUAAGAAUCUUUCUUCUCUGGGCUUCUUUGAGUUCAUAUCAUUGGGCCUGCUAGAUAACAGGCAGAUCUACUACUACGAUAGUACAAGCCAAGUUCAGGUUCCCAAACCAGACUGGGUGCAGGCAGGCCUGCCAGACUAUACUGAAGAGCUACAGAAUUAUAGGGGCUGGUUUAGGCACCAGAGCGACGUUCUUGGGAACUGCACGUGGCCUUGUUCUGAUCUUCACGUGCUGCAGAGAAGAUAUGGCUGUGAGGUUCAGAAACAUCAAAAUGGAUCGAUAGACCUUCUCAGGACCUUUGAUGAGUAUGGCUAUGAUGGAGAAGACUUUAUCACCUUUGAUCCUCAAGCCAUGCAGUGGAAGGCUGAAGUUCCCAAGGCCCAAAUGACCAAAAUGAUUUGGGACAAUGAUAAAGGCCGCAUACUGGACAUCAGAAUUUACCUUGAGAAUGAAUGUGUGGACAUCCUGAACAAAUCCCUGAUGUUUAGAAAAGGCAAAAACAAAACAAAUGCUCUAGUGGAUGUUUAUAUAUUUGCUAAGAGAGCUGUAAGUGACCCAGGCAAACUGACCCUGACCUGCUUGACCACGGGCUUCUACCCUAAAAAAAUGAUGAUGAGUGUGAGGAAGUACCGCACCUCCCUGCCUGAAGUGCUGAUUAUGUCCUCAGAAGUCAGACCCAAUGAUGAUGACACCUACCAGCUGAGGAAGAGUGUGGACAUCCUGGAGAGUGAAAAAGCAGAUUAUGACUGUUAUGUGACUCACAGUAGUCUCACAGAACCAGUAAUUACCAAAUGGGAUGGAAAAUGUAAUGACUGUUCAGGAGAGAAAAUCCAGAGUGCUAUUAUUGGAGGAGUGUUUGGAGUUUUGCUCACACUGGCUGUGGUUGGUGUGAUCAUCUGUAUCGUUAUAAGGACAGGUGUAAUCGUUGACAAAAAUUGGUCCAAAGGUCCUCGUCGAUAUCAGCCACCAAAUGAUGACUGUAGCAACAGGAUUGGAGGCUGCUGCUCGUGUAAGAACCUUAAGCCUAAAUGCCCCAUUCACAGCUUCUGAGAAAUUUGUUGAUACCCCAUCCCAGUCCUCGCCAGCUCCAGGUAUAAUGUAGAAGCUGUGAGGUGGUUGGUUAUACCUGGAUACCAGAACUGUGUCCCCCAAGCUCACACAGGCAUGACAGAAUAGAGGUUCUCAGAGGGAGGCAAUGAGCACCUGGUGUUUUUAAACAAACCUCCUUGGAGUCACACAGAGCACAAGAAUCACUAAGAUAAGAGUUCUCUCAGGAAACCCACAAAGCAUCUGUGUGUUGUGCAGAUCAGGUGAGACAAAGGAACAGUCCAUCCACUUUCUACCAAUUCUUGUGUUUACUUCGAUGUUUCCUGGAAAACACACACAAAACAUUAGUAUCUUACAGUCUUCACGUCAGUUAUUUGUUUGCUAAUUGUGGACUCUGCUGUAUACAUUGUUGAUGGACCACCAUCUUUCCCUACCUACAUGAGUCCUAGACUCAUAUAUUGUUCCUAAUUAUGGUGGUGGUACCACUUUGCUGUGUGAAGCAUGUUUCCAAUUCUUGCAUCUCUGACAUAGCACUGCUGUGUCAGAGGUCGGAAGGACUUGGAAAGGGCCUUUCCAUUUAGUCUCCAACGGACCUGCAGUGUUAAUUUAGAUCACCAUCCACUGCAUAUCUCUGAGACAGAACAGUAAAAUUGUAAGAGAGCAAACCAUCAAUGUGCUGUCUUGAACCUAUCCCUACUAAACAAAAUAAUGUUUUUAACAGUCUGUACAAUUCUCUUCUUAAAAUAUCCAACACAUCACUUGAAACUGGAACAUUUCCCAUUGUAUUUAAAAUAGCUAUAGUGAAACAAUUACUUAAGAAAUCUAGAUCAUAGUGUAAAACAUAUGUGUAAUUUUGGAUACUGAUUUAAAUUUUAAACCACACAUCAGUAGGGCGACCAAAACAUCUUAGAAAUAUUGCCACGGUGUGUUUUUAACUAACCAGGAUGCAGAUAAGCUAAUUCAUGCUUUUAUGUCAAAUAGACUUAAUACUGUUGUAAGGAAAAAAUUCCCUAUUCACUAUACUAACGUGAGGUCAGAGACCAAUGAAGCAUGUUUUAUGGGUGUUCCAGCAGCUGUUAAAUAGGCAUGCCGCUGUCAAAUGUGACCAAAAUCAUGUGUUACGCCAGAGUCUGUAUAUAUGUUAGCAGUUAAGACUGGAUGCUAAAACAAGUAUUGGUCAAUGCUACAAGCUUGGCAGCUUGAGCAGAGAAAUGAUUAGGACGAGAACCCUGUGCAAGCACUGUAUGGUGAACAGACAAUUUCUGAUGCAGCGGAAGGUGAGGUGGUAGAUAACAUUACACAGUCAUCACCAGGUUCACUAAUCACAAUUAUCAGACAUUGCAGUCAUCAUUAAGGAUGAGGAAUUACUGAUCUAAAUCCUUUGAAGGUGAACGUUAGGAGCAGUGAGAUCAGCCAAAUUGCUCCACAUUUGUGAAGUGCAAUGCAGGACAAUGAACUGUAAGAGACUGUGACAGGACAAAAGGAGAGCCCAGAGCAUGUGACAGCCAAAUAUGUGGCUUGAACCACACGCAGACAAGGACCAAAUCCAGUGGUAUUGAUGUCCACCUUACCUGAACGUUAAUGAUCUGGCCGCCAGUGACCAAGGCAUGCUGUCAUAAAGUCAUAAUGUUCAAGUUCAUACAACAUAAAUGGAAUUUCAGGUUUCACAAAAACCAGUGCAGGAGCAGAUGUCAAAGCAGACUUGAGGUCAUGGAAUAAAGUCUCAUGUCUAUGAUAUCAAGUUCAA